UCCUUAUCACCUUAUUGAUGCUUGCUGUUCUCUUCGGUUUCUUGACGUUGGAUACCCCUUUCCGACUUAUUCUCAUAGCAGACUGUUCGAUGCUUAGGGUUAAUGGUUUUGGAAAUCCGUGAUUUCUGUGACGCUGGUGAUUUUGCGGGUUCUUUUUGGCUUUUCUUGAGUCCCACGAUUAGGGAUUAAAGGAAGAUGGAUUCAUAUUUCUGUUCGAGACCUGCUUAGGUUUCGAUUUUGGUAUUUGGGUUGUGUGGGUGAGUAGUUGAUACUGAACUGCAAAAAUUGUAUUACAGAUUAAAAUUCCCACAAGUUGGACACUUUUUGAGGAUAAUUUUCUGUGCUAAUUUUCUUGAACAGUCGGUAGAAGCUGAAAUUGAGAUCUUUAGAAUUUUUCUUUUGCUUCUCUUUUCCAAAGUAAGAUGCAUCGACUUUAUAGGCCUACUUGACAUGCCUGAAACUUAGGGGCUAAAGGCUUCUUUGAUCUCUGAGUCAUCUGCUGGUGAAUCUUAAUUAAAGCAAUGUCAUCAAGAGUCUUGAUGCAAACGAUUGACAAGAACUACUUUGUCGCGCCGUAUAACGAAAGAGAUGUUAGUAUCAGCUGCCUCAGCUCUGUAUGUUAGCCUGGUUGCUUCUUAUGGUACUCGGAUUGGCUUGGAACCAAAAGCAAAGGCCCUUCACGUUACUCAAAAGACUCCAAAGCUUUUCAAGGGAUUCAAUGGUCUGAAAGCAGCAGCAUCGGUUUCUUGUGAAUCAGAUACAUCUUUCCUGGGAAAUGGAAGAAAUGCUACUGUAUGGGAAUCGUUCAAGCCAAAAUUGGGGAGACCGAAUUUGAGAACAAAAAGUCAACUGAAGCCACAAGCUUCAUCUUUUAAAGUGGCUGUUCUUGGAGCUGCAGGUGGUGUUGGGCAACCACUAGCUCUCCUGAUUAAGAUGUCUCCGCUGGUCUCAGCUGUGCAUCUCUAUGACAUUGCAAAUGUAAAGGGAAUAGCUGCUGAUCUCAAUCAUUGCAAUACCCCCGCCCGGGUUCUGGACUUCACUGGAGAAUCAGAGCUAGCUAGUAGUUUGGAGGGGGUGGAUGUGGUUGUGAUACCUGCAGGGAUUCCACAAAAGCCUGGCAUGACCUGCGAUGACCUAUUCAAUGUCAAUGCUAACAUUGUGAAGUCACUGAUGGAAGCUGUUGCCGACAAUGCUCCGGAUGCUUUUAUCCACAUCAUUAGUAAUCCAGUGAAUUCUACUGUCCCUGUUGCUGCAGAGGUUCUGAAACAGAAGGGCGUCUACGAUCCAAAGAAACUUUUUGGUGUUACCACACUUGAUGUUGUGAGAGCCAGCACCUUCGUGGCCCAAAAGAAGCACCUUAAGCUUAUCGAUGUCAGCGUCCCGGUGAUUGGGGGUCAUGAUGGAAUAACCAUAUUACCGUUGUUAUCAAAGACUAGACCAUCUGUGACCUUCACUGACGGAGAAGUUGAAGAGCUUACGGUGAGGCUUCAGAAUGCAGGGACGGAGCUAGUGGAGGGAAAAGCUGGUGCUGGAUCUGCGACUCUUUCAAUGGCCUACGCGGCAGCAAGAUUUGUCGAGUCGUCUCUUCGUGCUUUGGACGGAGACGGGGAUGUUUACGAGUGCUCCUUUGUUCAAUCUGAUCUGACGGAGCUUCCGUUCUUUGCAUCCAGAGUUAAACUCAGCAGAAAAGGUGUGGAAGCCGUGAUCCCUUCUGAUCUCCAGGGGCUGACGGACUACGAGGCCAAGGCACUCGAAGCUUUGAAGCCGGAACUGAAGGCAAGCAUCGAGAAGGGUGUGUCGUUCGUUCACAAGCAGACAGCUGCAGCAGCAUCAGGCUGAGUCACUAGACGAAGAAGACUGUUUUAAGUUUUGCAGAAAGUUGAGAGUUUUGUUCUUUUAGUACGAGACAACAAGAAUGAUCAAGGAGUUGAAGUGAUGGUUGUACUGCAGCAAAGUAACAGGCUUUCAAAUCCAUUGCUCCUUACUCGAGCAUGGAGAACUCUUGGGAUUGACCAGAGGCUCUGGUUCUUGCCAUUGGUUAUUCCUUCUUCCCUCUGUACAUGUAUUCUGGUAUAAAAGCUCCUUUGCUCAGAAACCCAAUCUACUUUACAGUCUUAGGGAUGUGCUUUCCUGUUGGAAUCUGUAAAGAAAUUUGGAAGACAAUUCUCUGUAAGUAGUUCUCCUUUGUUCCCACUGUUCA